CCAAGGAGAUGCCGCCACGUGGUCGGUUGCAGCGUCCUGCAAAGAAGCGUACGCCCCUGGUGCACACGCUCACCAUCGACAAGAAUCGCAGAUCCACUGUCGGCAGCAAGCGGAGCACUCACACAUCGGUCCCUGCUGAUUUCGGCAGUGCAAGGAACCUCCGAUGGCUGGUUGAGAGCGGCAGAGGGGCGAAGGGGCGGCAUUCAACUCGUCAGCUAGGACCAGAGGCGCCUCUCUGGGUGGAUGUGGUGUUUGGGGCGCUGGUUGUGGUCAACUCCAUUCUUAUCGGCGCGGAGACCGACCUUAAUAGAGAGUGAGCCCCGCUCGCUGCUCUGAGUCGAAAUCUGUGUCUGUCUCGUGUGUGCUCUCUACCUACCUAUGCAGUCGUCGUGCGGAUGUGUCGUCGGCUCCCGUCUGGUAUGCGGUUGAGAGCACCUUCCUGGCCGCCUUCUGGCUGGAGGCCAUCAUACGCCUCGCGUGGGGACGGAAGGGCUACUUCAGAGAUGCAUGGAACAGUGAGAACUCACAUAAGAUCGAUAUCGAUUGCAGAUUUAUUGUUAUCUCUCUGCUGCUUGGUCAGUGUUUGACCUUGUGCUGGUGUCUCUGUCAUCUGUACACACGUGGGUAAUCCAUGCCUGAAUGCAUCAGCCCUCUCAUCUCGCCAGCCACGAGUCCGCUUUGUACCCUUUGUCUCACUCAGGUGGUCACCCCGAUGGCCCUUAACGUCCAGCAGAACGCCCUGUCGUGGAUCGUGGUGCUCAGAGCGUUGCGGCUCUUGCGGAUCGCCCGUAUUCUGCGAGUGCUGCGCUUCACGAAGGAGCUGUGGCUGCUGCUGAGGGGCUUCACAGGCUCACUCCGGACGGUCUUUUGGACGUGCCUGCUGGGCGUAAUUGUCAUAUACACAUUCGCUAUAGUGUAUGGUGGGCGGCAGGAGCAGAGACAGAUGCCAUUCAUCCAUAGUGGUUCUGAGAUUGUCUGUCGUUGCCUGUCAGGCUGACUGAGUUUGUGUAUGAUUUCAACGCACUCGAAAGGAACCCUGAGCUGUUUGACCAUUGGGGCACUGUGCUGCGGUCAAUGUGAGUGAUGAGUCAUUUGCACGUGGAUGUUCACAGAGGGCAGCGUUUGAGGCACCUGUCCUGUCACGUGCACGUGUGUGCAGGUUUUCGCUGUUUGUGUUGAUGACGCUCGAGUGGUCAGAGAUGGCUUGCGACCUCAUGCAGGAGCUGCCGUGGGUGUGGGUCAUCCUUCUCGUCUACCUCGCAAUAUCGUCCUUCGCAAUACUCAACCUAGGUACACCGAAUGACUGACUCAUGGCUGAUGUACCUGAUUGUGUGUGUGUGGCUGGGUAAUCAGUUGUGGGCGUGAUAUGCGAGUCGACUCUCUCUGGCGUCAGGUGAGACCAGCAGCGGCCGCGGACACACUCAUUUGGUGCCGUGUGUGCAUUGAUUCAGCUUGUACAAGAGGAAGAGCGUGCCCGUGAGGAGGCCCAGCAGCCUGUGCUCGAGGCGGGACUGCGAGAACUGUCCAGACUCAUGGACACUGACGUAUGUAUGCGGACCUGACAAUGGGAACCAACGAGCACAGACACACAUUUGACCCACAGACGCUUUGUGUCUCGUCUCUCUCCCGGACAGGACGAUGGCUGGCUGACUAAAGAGGAGCUGCGCAACGGCCUAAAGAGCAAGCUUGUAAUCGCACGCAGAAUUGUGCGGCAUUGGUCGAUCGCUCUGUGUGUCUGCUACCAUUACUCUCAUGCUGCAGGUGGUGAAGCGUCUCCGCAAUUUGGCGGAGGGCAUGGAUCCCGUGCAGCUCCUCUCCAUACUCAACGCCGAAUUCGACCAACGGUACCAUACACACACAAUCGCGUCAAUGUACUCAUUGCAUGCGAUCAAAAAUGUACGUCUUCCAGGCUCUCGUCUCCCGAAUUUGUCAACAGCAUCGUCAGAAUGCUCUCAGAGGUACGUGCACACCGACGGAACACAGACGGACACGGCCAAUGGGUGGGUCUGCAGGCCAAGAGCAUGGGCCUGCUGCUGCUAUUGACACACUCACGUGCCAUCAAGCUAAGGAUCCUGCACAUCGAGAAGAGCAUCGGCAAAUUCGCAGAACACGUGACGCGAGACGUGAGUGAGCCAAUGCGAACAAACACGUCAUCUUUCUCCAUGCGGAAUGCAGCGACGCGCAUUUGUUUGUCUGGUCAGCUUCUGCCCCACUUCGAGAUGCCAAUUGGCUUCUUCGAGGAUACUUGGAGAGAAAACAAGCGCGCGUCUCACAGGCACUCAACCACUCGUGCGUCCCGGCAGCCGAGAGAAGGCCGGCGAUCCGCUAGGCAGUCGGUGCAGGGAGAGGUAUAGCCACCAGCACACAUACACACACUACAUUCCUGCCAUUCCUGCUACUAUCUGUCAUGUCCAGAGAGCCGCUAUGCCUGGGCCCCUGCAAAAGAAGAGGAAGACCAAAAAGCCGAGGAAAAGACACUUCGCUCAACGAACUGCGACACCGAAGGCCGCUCAGCCGAGAGACGAGUCCCCGCCACAGGCGGAAUUUCUGCCUUGGACACUUCGGCGUGUGCGCUCUGACGACGUGUUCGUGGCGAGCUUCGAGCAGCCCGUGACGUCCGCUGAUGAGCAACGAAAGGAAGAAAAACACGAUCCACAUGGAAAGAUGCGGGCAUUCGGACGAGCCAGCCUGCCUGACGUCCCAACGUUCGGCCUGCAAAAGAGCCUGUUCGAGACACAAGGAGGGCCCGCAGCGACAGUGACGCCUCUCCGGGCGCUGCACCGGCCACCAGCGCUGGAUGACUCCAGCAUCAGCGUCAGUGUGAGCAGCCAAUCUCGCAGCCUCACGGUCAUGACCCCUCAGCUGGGCAAUGGGGGGCAGAUGCUGGUACGGGAAGGCAAGACGGACAGCCGGCGAUCCAUCCCCUCCACGCCCACGCCACAUCCGGAGAUGCCUAUGUCUCCAACUGCUUUAUCCAUGGUCACGAUCCCUCGGUUCCAGUCGGCCACGUCACAUAGGGCAGUCAGCAGACGAGAGAGAGACAGAGACGGCUCUGCGGGUGGGUCUCGGCGCGGGAGCUGGAUACGGUGGGGGAUGGGGGAGGACGGCAGUGAGGGCAGCGGGAGACGAGGGCCUUUCUCACUCAUGGGGUUCUUCCAUCUCAUGAUGAGGCGUCGCGACUCUGCUUCGAGUGAAGGCGUCAGCGGGAUGUUAAGACAGGCAAUCUGCGUCCAUUUGAUGCCGGUGUGUAUGUGUGUCGUGCCAGAGAAGUCUGUAUCGGGGAUCCAGCCGUGCAACAACAACCGACAAGUCCACAGACAAGUCUUACGUGCAGUGGAAGUCCAUGCGUCGGCCUGAACUGGCGCUGAGGAUCGCAUUCUCCCCCAAGUUCGACCUGUUCUUCGGGCUGCUCAUCCUCCUCAAUGCAAGUCUGUCAAGGAGGGGAGCCAAAGGAAUGUGUGUAUGGAUGUCGCCCUGUGGUUUUGGUGGUUGUCGAUCAGUUGUGAUUGGCCUAGAGACGGACUACAAUCCGCAUAAUGGCGGCGAUCAAUGGGGCUGGUACAUCGGAGAGAUGCUGUUCAACGUGAAUUUCAUCAUUGAGUUCGUGAUCCGUUUCUCCGUCUACUCGUGGUACUACUUCCACGAUCUCUCCAACACUUUCGACUUCUUGCUGGUGGUGAGCUGAGGCUGUGGAAGCGGCCGCCACCUCGUCUCAUCCUGCCUGUCUCUCUCUGCGUGUCAGCUGAUUGGUGCAUUGGAUGCAUUUGUGCUGACCUGGGCGGUUGAUGCCGAUGCACUUCGCUUCUUCGGUGUGCUCAGGUAAAAGAUCCGCUGAGAUCUUUGCGAGAAUGACAUCUAUGGCCCGUGUGCAUCAUCAGGGUGGUGCGUUUGCUGCGGCUGGCGCGUGUCAUUCGUCUGUUCAAAAUAUUCAAGGAGCUGUGGCUGCUGCUCGCCGGAUUGAAGACGGCCAUGCGCACACUGCUGUGGCUCAGCAUCAUGCUCGUGCUCAUCCUGUACUUCGCUGCUGUCUUCCUCACCAUAUUUGUCGGUGAGACACCACACACAGAUGAACACAGAGAAAUGUCGGUGUGUGCGUGUCUGGCAAUGCGGUUCAGGCAAGGAGGACUCGUACGAUGACGAGAUUGAGGAUCGAGACGAGCUGUGGGGCACCAUUCCUCGGUCGAUGUUCACCCUCUUCGGUAUCAUGACACUCGACGAGUGGCCCAGAAUCGCACGAGACAUCAUUCAUCUGCAGCCCUGGGUGAGCGAGUGGGCUAACAGAUAUUGAUAGACAGCGUCAGCAAGUGCCCUCCCCUUCUGCAGCUGUCGCCGUUCUUCCCCCUGUACAUCAUGGUCACAUCUUUCGGCAUCAUGAACGUCGUCAUUGGCGUAAGAACUGCACACAGGAGGAGGCACAAAUGCGUCCCUAUCUGGAUGCCUGCAGGUUAUAUGUGAGAACUGUCUGUCGCUCGUCAAGGAGCAGAAUGAGCAGCUUGCCGACAACGAGUCCGAGAGACAGCUGCGGCUGCGAGAGGCACUGCAGCUGCUGUUCAGCAGACUCGAUGAAGAUGUAUGCAUAUGUAGCAUGGGAUGGGCAUCAAAGAGACCCUUUGUGCUGUACGUGUGUGUGCAGAGUGAUGGACUGGUGACGUAUGCCGACCUGAUCCAUUGCAAAGACGACCUGGCGGUGACCUUACCACACAGACCCACCCACGUACAUUCACACAUUUUUCUGACCUCACAGACGCUGGAUUUGAUCAAGCUGAGCGACUCCACCUUCCGUGAGCUGCAGGAGCUCUUUCGCAUCAUGACGGGCCAGGAGAGAGACGACAGGGAAAACGAGACCAUCACCGUUCACGAAUUCACCAGCGCCUUCUUGCGAAUGAAGGAUCACAGCCUCAGCUCGCUGGACUUGCUGACUCUUCUCGGCGGCUCGCGAGAUGUCAAGGCCAUCAUGAGCAAAGUGGUAGACACGAGACAUGCACACACCAGAAGGAAAACAGACAAAAACUCCUUCUACAGGAGAGGAAGCUGGAGCGGCUUGCGAAGUGCCUGUCGCUCUAUCCGACGUUCCGUGAGGCCCUCAAGGGGGAGAUCAGUGCGCUGGCGACGAGGGAACGACAUGAGAAAGAGCUCUUUCUCUCGAGCCAGCUGUCGUCCGACCAGCCAGCGUAUUUCAUAAUCCACGACGACGAGAACGCACCCAUGGGCGGCUUCUUCCCCGCACCACAUACACACGCACCGCCAGCCGCCGCUGACGAUGACCUCCCAACGACGCCCCAGUAG